CUCGAUUCAGUCGACAAAAUGUCCAAAGCAGCGGAAGCCGAGCGCGCGAAGAUAGCCAAGAAGGUUGAAGAAUUGGAAUCGAAAGGCGUAAUGAGCGAAGGAGUAAUGAGAAGAGGAAGAGAGUAAUGGGAUUGAAUUUGCCAGCACAAGACCGGCAAAAAUCGAGAUCAAGGUCUAGGAGCGGUGGAAUCAAGAUUCGCCAACCUCAGAUCGAAGUGUCCUCAAACGAGGAGGAUAAGAAGACGGGAGUCCACAAGGGUGUUCCGGAGGACAAGCCCAAUGUGAAUUCGGAAGACGUUAUGAAAAUGCUAUCAAUGAUAGCUGGGAAAGUACAAGGGGGGCAAAGCGGCCCUGCUAUGGAGAUCGUGGAGAACACGAAGACCAACGCGAACGCGGAUAAGGAGGAGGACGACAGCGACGAAUCCGAAGAUGAAGAGAAGGGCAAACUGAAGUUGAACCGGGGUAGCUGCACGAAGAGCGAUAAGACGGAGGUCGGGAUCGUUGAAUGCAUGAGACAGAGGCUCGAUCACUAUAUGGAGAUGAAUGGGAAGAAGAUCAAGAGCCUCUGCCUGGCGAGGGGAGUGAAAUGGGAACGGAAAGACAAGAGCGCAUGGGAGCUCGCGAAACAAGACACUGACGAGUUCACCAGACUUGUAAAUGGAGAAGACGAGCAUGAAACGGAUGUCAAAGAAGAAGGUGGCGAGGAAGAUUCUGAAGAAGAAGACGACGAUGGAGGUGUUCCUGGGAAUUAGAUUUCCCAGAGAGGCCUCAGGCGUCUUCUGAUCCGGAUUAGCAACGCUAUCGG